CUUGACUGUUUCUCCACCGUGUCUCCUCUGAGGAUUGUGCUGCUAGGCAAAACUGGGAGUGGAAAGAGUGCCUCAGGAAAGACCAUCCUGGGGAGGAGAAUUUUUCGAAGAAAAUUUUCAAUCAAAUCUGUGACUGAAACCUGUGCUAAGAUGCAAACUGAAGUGAAUGGUAGACAGAUGGCCUUGAUUGACACACCAGGAUCAAUUUAUACAGAAAAACAGACAGAUAGGCUGAAAAGGGAGCUACAGAAGUGUGUUAAGUUAUCUCUUCCUGGGCCUCAUGCCUUCCUGCUGGUGAUCAGACUGGAUGCAAGAUCCACAGAGGAAGAGAGAAACACAGUGAAGUGGAUCCAGGAGAACUUUGGUGAAGAUGUUUUAAAGUACACCAUAUUGCUCUUCACUCAUGGACAUGUGCUGGAGGGAGAACCAGUGGAGGGGUUUCUGCAGAGACGUCCUGCUCUCUCUUCUCUUGUUAAAGAUGCUGGGGGUAGAUAUCAUGUCCUCAACAAUAAGAGUAAAGAGAGGAAUCAGGUCAGAGAGCUAAAGGAGAAGAUAGAGGCCAUGGUGGAAAACAAUGGAGAAGGGUACUACGAGGAGAUGAGCAAAUGGGUGGCAAAGAGGAAAAUAAUGACAGGAACAGCAACAGGGGCAUCACCAGGGGCAGCAACAGGGGCAUCACCAGGAACAGCAACAGGGGCAUCACCAGGAACAGCAACAGGGGCAUCACCAGGGGCAGCAACAGGGGCAUCACCAGGGGCAGCAACAGGGCAGUAG